AUGAGGGCAACAAAACAGUUUAAUCCAUAUUCAUCAGGAUUCACAAACGUCGACAUCAUAGGAAAUGAAGAUCUUUUCCCAGAAGAAGGUUAUGAAUUUAUACCACAUCCUCCAACUCAAUCGACAAAAGAUAGAUACGUUUCUGUUGACUUCCCAUUGAAUUCUACAAUCAAUACAACAAAAUUACCAACAAAUAAUAUGCCACAACCACCGGAACCUGUCAUUGAUGUACCAAUGCCAAAAAUGAAAUCUCAUCGCAGGAAGUACAUUUAUGAUACGACAAUCGCUGUUCGUAAGAAACAAAUGGACUACAAAACUCAAUUAGCCGAAUAUAAUCGCGAAAUGCGUGAAUACGAAAAGGCUGACGAAGCUAAUAUCAUUAAAAUAGCUAAGGAAGCCGUUCAAAAAGAGGAAGAAAAGCAUAAGAACGAUAAGGCCAACUUGAGAGCUAACUACGAAGAGCAAAUCAAGGAUCAUAAACGCCAGAUAAAGAGAGCUCAACAGGAAGAACAAAUGGAAGUCGAGAAAAUGCGUGAAGCCGAAGCUGCCCAACGUGAACUCGACCGCCAGAAAGAGGAGAAAGAGGCUAUGGUCAAACAAACGUAUCGCGAUGAAUUCUUAAAGCGCAAUGCUAUGCUCCAAAAGAUGAAAGCUACACGCCAUGAACGCGAGAAAGAGGAAGAACGUGAAAUUGCUCGCCAAGCAGAGUCUCUUUCCGCCACUCGUGAAGCAAGAGCUAAACGCGAAGAAGAAAUCAGACUUGAGAAGACAAAACGUCGUGAAAUUGUCGUCGAAUUACAAGCUAAGGCACUUGCCCAGCAAAAGAAGAAGAUUGACGAUUUCCAAGAAAAGGCGAUUUCUCAAGCAACUCUCAACGAAGAACGCGAACGUCAAGCUCGUGAGGAUAAGAAGAAGAACGAUGCUCUUCAGCGCGAAAGAGAAUGGAAGAUGCUUGACAAAGAACGCCAAGCUAAAACAGCAAUUAAAACAAAACGUCCAUUCCCAACAAGAAUUCCAGACUUCGAUGAAGAGGCAUUCGCUAGGGAACAAGCUCACAACGAAAAGGUCUACUACCGCACAAUGCAGAUGAAGCAGGCCCGCGACAGAAAGAGACGCGAGAAACAAGAAAUGGAGAACGACAUCAUCGAAGAAAAUCAAAACCUCGAGAUGACAACACAACAAUUCAACCAGUCUCUCAAGAAACUUCAGGAUUCUGUUCCAGCAGAACUCGGAAUUAAAGUUCCACAAUACAAACCAUCAAUGAAGGUCACUGGAAUGGUUUAA